AUGCCCGCUCCAGAAGAGCAGGACAUCUCUGAGCUCCGUCCUCUGGUACAAAGCAUAUGCGAUGAUUUGGACGAACAGCGACAAUGGGAAAAGGAUCUGCAGCUGGGGAGCACAGAUGCCUGGGCCGCAUUGCUCCUCGCCAAGCUGGAGAAUCUCCGCUCCCUCCACAUUACUUCCAUAGAAAGAUCGAAGCAUGUGAGAAGCCUUCUUGCCCGCGCUCAGGACGAUAAACCCUCUGACUCUCCUGUCCUCCAACAUCUGGAAGUGCUAUCCAUCGGCUCCAGGGGACUCUCCUACCCCUUCGAUGCGUCUGAGGCACUGCCGUUCUUCCAGCUCCCUUCUUUGCGAUUAUUCACUGCAGCCACAGCCGCGGAAACGCUCUACGCCGACACACAUGAUGAAGACACGGCUCUGCGAGGAAAGUCCGGAUCUGACGAAACUGAGACUUAA